AUGUCCGGCGACGACUCGCCCCAUUUGGGCCUGAACAACUCGGAUGCUCCUGAUGCCUACUCCUCAGACUACCAUGCCGGCUCGGCGGAGCCCCGCCCUCCGACCGACGAGCGUGCCCAUCUGCUUGGCGACGACUACCAGGCCUCUUCCUUCGGCUCCCCGGACAUGUCGGCUCCCAACCCCGACGCCGAGACCAACUCCCUCGGCUUCCUCUCCUCGCUGACCGACAAGUACGGCGAGCCGCUCGAUGGAGCCAACCUCCGCCGCCGCGCGCGUUACUACAUCCCCAUCCUCGGGUGGCUGCCCAACUACACGCUGUCCAACUUCAUCAUCGACUUCCUGGGCGCUGUCACGGUUUCCUGCCUGCUCAUUCCGCAGGCGGUCUCCUACGCCGGUCUGGCCAAUCUCAGCCCGGUGUUUGGCCUCUACACGGCCUUCAUCCCGCUCAUCAUCUACACCAUCCUCGGCACCUGUCGUGCUACCAACCGUGGUUUCAUCACCGGUGUGGCGAUCGUGGUUUUCGUCGAGCAGCUCGCCAAGGCCUUUGGCCUGACUUCCGCUUGGGAUCCCAAGGCCGCCACCCUGGAAAAGCUCAUCUUCGUGUUCAAGCACCUUGACGAGACCCAGUGGAUGCCGGUGCUCUUCAGCUUCCUCGGUCUCGGCGCCUUGCUGGUCUUCCGCUACAUCCGCGGCCGCUUCCCCAACGUCAAGGCCCUCAAGCUCUUCCCCUCGAUCCUGGUGCUGAUGCUUAUCUCCGAGCUGCUGGUCUGGUCCUUGGAUCUGCACAACCAGGGCCUGCCGGUCCUCGGUGAGCUGGAGGGUGGCUUCCGCGUGCCGGCCCUGCCGAAGCUCAACUCCUCCAAUGUCUCGUAUGCCACCAUGUCGGCCGUGGUCAUCACCAUUGUCGGCUUCGUGGAGUCCAUCAUCAGUGCCAAGGAUAUGGCCACCAAGAACUCCUACCCUGUCUAUGACAACCGCGAGCUCGUGGCCUACGGUGUGGGCAACAUCAUCAAUAGCUUCUUCGGUGGCUACCCGGCCUUUGCGUCCAUGACGCGUACCACUGUUGCCGAUGAUGUCGGUGUCAAGUCCCCGAUGCACGGCCUGAUCGCCUCCAUCUUUGUGCUCUUCACUAUUCUCUUCCUUCUCCCCAUGUUCCAGUGGCUCCCUCUGUCCACGCUGGCUGCCAUCGUCAUGUACGCCGCGUACAGCCUGCUCGAGUGGCACGACUACUUUUUCAUGUGGCGCAUCCGUGCCUACUCCGAUCUGGCCAUGGCUGCGGCCACCUUCCUGGUGACCGUUCUUGUGUCGGUGGAGAUUGGCGUCUUCUUCUCCAUCCUCCUGUCGAUUGGCCUCGUCAUGAAGGAGGCCACCAAGCCUGUUGUCCGUGUCCUCGGCCAGAUUGACGGCACCGACAAGUUCAAGGACCAGACUCGCCACCCGGAGGCCACUCAGGUCGAGGGCGUCAUCGUUCUGCGUGUCAUGGAGUCGCUCUACUUCGCCAACACCGGCCUCCUGAAGGAUCGCCUCUACCGCGUGGAGAUGUUCGGCAAGCUCGAGUCCCACCCCAGCCAGGACAAGCGCCCAGUCCACUUCACGGCCAUCAUCUUCGACAUCGAGCGUAUGCACGAGAUCGAUGCCACUGCUGUUCAGAUCAUGUACGAGGUCACCACCGCCUAUGACAAGCGCAACAUCCACACCUACUUCGUGCGUUACCAUGAGGCGGUCUUCGACCGGAUGUCCAAGGCCGGCAUUGUGGCCAUCCCUUCGGUGCACUUCGAGCCGAGCAUUCGCGCUGCGCUGGACUCGAUCAGCUCGCUGUCCGGCGGUGACGGGCAUCCGAAGGUCGUGGUCGAUGCGGCCUUCCCGGCUGCCGAUCGGUCUUCGCCGGUUCCCUCGGUCUCCUCUGCCAGCGUGUCCCCGGAGCUGGUCGGCGAUGCACCCGUGUGA